ACGACAAUCAAAUCUACUUCAUUCUCUUGUUGCUCAGGAACUAGAAACGCGCGACAAUACAAAUUUCUUGUUGAUCAUCUAUUGCUGGUUGCAAACCUAAAGUUUCGCUAAGGAAGGAAAUUCGCUCAAAAUUUCAACCAAGAUGUCGAUGAGUGAUAUAAUCAUGCAGAAUUUGAUGCCAAGGAAUUUUCUCGAUUGUGACGACGAUUUUGAUUCAUGGAACACGCGCUCGCUGAAUAGUGGUGGAGGCAGAAGUUUCGCACAAAACGCUCUCUCCUCAGAUUUCACCUUCCAUGGCAGCAAAAGCGACAACUUUAGCGUGUUUCAAGACUACUUUGGCCUAUCAAAUUUACUGCAAAAUGUAAAGAUGUCAGAAGACAAUCCGCUACUACAAGAGAGGCAAACAUAUUCAAGCAUGUUUCAAAAGUCAACGAGACGAUUAAGCUGGGAAAGUGACGCAAGUGAUCCUAGUGUCGUGAUUUCGCCGACCAUGCCGAAUGCACCUUACAACUACAAUGGUGAUUUCCCAGACAAUUAUCAACGAAGUCAGUCUCAAGAUGCCUCAUUCAAGACCCUUCCACCCCCAAGCAUGAGGUUAAGCAAAGCUGUACGUGAUCAGAUUUUCAGCGGGUCAUACCAGAACCAAGUCAAUAACCGACAAGAGAAAGUAAUUCCUGGAGUACAACAAAUGCAGGUGUCAACCUCAAGCACAACACGACCACAAGCCAGCGUACAGGUUUGCGUAUUCUGUCGAAAUAAUGGAGAAAGUGAGGCCGUGUAUUCAAAUCACAUUCUGAAGGACGCUGAAGGCCGAACAACCUGCCCCAUUUUACGCGCGUACACGUGCCCGAUCUGCAAAGCAAAUGGGGACAGUUCACACACAAUUAAAUACUGUCCACUGAAUCAGCACGCUGCGAGAGUACCACAACAAAGUCCCGGACCAGUUGGAAGUGGGUCGGGCAGGGUGAUGCGACCGGGACAGAUACCCACUGCAGCCAAGCUCAAACCACGUUGCUGAACGAAAUUAUGUGACCUCCGAGAAGUUAGUUCUCCUUAAGCCAUUUCAUAGUCGCACAGCGGGUGCUAAAGAUGAAAUUAUGGGAUAUUGAGCUAUUCAAAGUUUUUUUAAUCAGGUAUUUUAUAGUAAAUUGAAUAUUUAAAUAUCGGGCUUUUAGAUCGGUCGAAACGCAGCAAAGGACGUGCUUCAAUUUUAAACGGGUUUUAAGGAAGGUCUUCGCGCCCUUUUUACUCACCGACUGAUUUUCGUGUUUUUCAGAGAUUUCCUGAACAUAAAUAAAUAUAUGCCUGAAUUGAAAAUGGAGUGGAACGAUUUUGUUUUUUGAAAGCAAACUUAAAACUAAUCUCGAAUACACGUUAUUUACUUUAUCGUUAAGUUCAAAAGAUUUUCGUCGUCCAAGCGGCAUGCCAAAAGCCAUUGAAGAUUCUUCGGGCUUCAAUUAACACGUGCAAUUGAUCUAAUCAGUGCAAAGCCCCGUAUUUAGGCCCUAAUUCUUCCAACGUAUUUAAGUUGAAAUUUUUUUAUGUUUUUGAUUCUGCAAGGCUGCAAUCAAUUAAGUGUUAGUUUUCAAAUUAAGCGAAUUUCGAUUCGACUAAAUUUGUUAUGCAAUGAGUGAUUCUUAUAGAAUGAAUAACUGGAUAAUCUUUUCGGAGGAUCUUGAAAUUGUAACAGCGUUUUAAUAUUUUCAUGUUCAAAUAAUUUAGAUGUUUUAUUAAUAUAUUGUAGUCUUCAGGAUGUUAAAAGUAACAAUUUAGAUUCCAAUUUGAAUGGUUCGAGUACACUUUCUGCAUUUAGUAUUUAAAAAUCGUUGAUCUCUAAAGAAGGUCGAGCACAAGAGAACUCCUAACAAACGAUGUUUCUUGUCCAGGGAUGAACACUUAAUAUUGUAAAAAUAAUUGUAUUUUAUCGCAUGAUAUCAAUUGAAUUUGUAUGAGGUUAAUUGAGUUUUAUUGUAUGACCGCUCAGAAUAGCGAAUCUUUUUACUUUUUAUCCGUGUGCGUUCGAAUUUGAAAUUUCCAUAAUUAAUUAAUUUUAUUCGCAUUUUGUUGUAUGUUUUCAAUAAACUUUAGAACUUGUUUUAAAAUGCACCCUGUGCAGUUCUAUUUGAUUUUUCAUUCAAUAGUUGUAUAUUUUUAUAACGAUUGUUAUUUUCAACUCUGUAUUAUAAUAAUCUUUACCUUCGGAUGUAAAAAUUACUUGACGAAAGAAAUCUUAAUAAAAUGAACAAAAAUGAAAUAUA